AUGGUGCAGUGCUGCUGCUCCCCGGAGGGCUCCCUCAUCACGGCGCUGCUGCUGCUGCUGCACGAGUCGCAGGCGGGCUGGAGCUGCGGGGAUCUGCUGUGCGGGGACAGGGAAGGCUGCUGCGUGUUCGGGAACGUCAGUCACACGGAGAUCAAGUGCUGCCAGCUGCCCUUCCACACUUUCCUGGACAACGUGGGCUGGUUCGUCAGGAAGCUCUCCGGGCUGCUCAUCCUGCUGGUGCUGUUCGCCAUCGGCUACUUCCUGCAGCGCAUGAUCUGCCCCAGCCCCCGCAGGUACACCCGGCCCCAGCAGCGGAGCACCGGGGGCCCCGGGCUGCUCAACGAGACCAGCUCCCAGGACUCCCUCAUAGACAGUGUGCGGCACCUGUCCGAGCACGAGCUGCGCAUCAUCUCCUCGCCGGUGCUCCUGCAGCUGCCCAGCUACGAGGAGGUCAAGUACCUGCCCACCUACGAGGAGUCCAUGCGACCCGGCCAGGCGAUCCUGCCCGUGUCCCAGAUCCCAGCGGCGGAGGACGGAGGCUCCGGGGCUCUGCCCCCCUAUUCACAUUGAAUACGAGACUGGGGGUCCCAUGAU